ACUAGAUGAUUGACAUGGCGUUUUGCUGUUAGCUUCAUUUAGCUCAUUACCACUAGUUUCUGGAAAUAACUAUGUGGUAAAAGGAUAUAUAAACAGGAAAUAUGGAUGCAAAUGCAUCUUUACAUAUUUGAUCCUGUGUAUCCUGUUCCUACUUUUUAAGGAAAUUAGUUCACAACUCCAAAAGGCUUCUUCACAUAUUACUGUUCAAGCUCAUUCAUUUGAUACAAUUCUGAUAUUUGUAGAUCUUAUUUUAUAUAUAUGUCUUUUCUGCAGAAGAAUGUUUCCAAAGGGAUGAACAAGAGGUCAUACAUAGAAGCAGUUUUGGAGGGUUUAAGAGCUGUUACUACCAUCGAAGUUGAUUUUUUCAGUGAACCUAAUAUUGAUUGUCAAGCUAAUGGCGGUAUUUAUGCUCGGAGUGAGGGUAAUGCUAGCAAUGGUACAGGAAGAAAGAAAAUAUUUGUCAGACUUCUACUUAGUAUUGAUCGUCGUGAAUCCACUGAAGCUGCAAUGGAAACGGUUAAGCUUGCUCUGGAAAUGAGACAUCUGGGGGUAGUGGGUAUUGACCUAUCCGGAAAUCCUAUCAUUGGUGAAUGGCUAACCUUUCUGCCCGCUUUGGAGUUUGCUAAAGAGCAAGGACUUCUGAUCACCCUUCAUUGUGGCGAGGUACCCAAUCCGGUGGAAAUCCACGCGAUGCUAGAUUUUCUCCCUGCAAGAAUUGGCCAUGCUUGUUGCUUUGGAGAGGAAGAAUGGGCAAAGCUAAAAUCUUUAAAGAUACCGGUUGAAAUUUGCUUGACUUCAAAUAUCAGAACUGAAACAAUAUCUUCUCUGGAUAUUCAUCAUUUUGCUGAUUUAUAUAAUAGUGGACAUCCAAUUGUCCUAUGCACUGACGAUUCAGGGGUGUUCUCUACCAGCGUAUCUGGCGAAUACAGCCUUGCUUCUUCUGCUUUUGGUAUACAAAAGAGAGAGAUGUUCCAGCUAGCUAGGAAUGCCAUUAAUUUUAUUUUUGCUGGUGACAAAGUAAAACAGGAGCUGGAACAAUUGUUUGAUUUAGCUGCAAAGAGCCUAGAGUUCUGAUGAGAAAUGUAUCAAAUGAACAGGAUAGUUUUUAGUUGUCAUUUUUAUUGUUAUUGGACUGAAGGGCUUAAAUGAAGCGACGUAGAAAGUGGUGAUUCAUAUAGCCGGCCCAAUUUGCUUGAGAUUGAGGCGUUGUUGGUUGUGUCGCUUGUGUCUUCUGUAAUAUUUUUUGGUACCUUCUGAAGACUUCCAAAUAUGCAAUUCAGUGUUGUAUUUGGUGUUACUUCUUGUUGUAUUGGAGCUUGAUAUUA